UGUGCUGUACCUUAGUCCAUUCUAAUUGGAUGAGUGUAAAAAAUAAAAAUCACAAGUUUGCUCGCAGCGGUGGUUGUCGAAAGAUUUUGACGUAAAUUAUUCGUGUAGUAAAUAUGGCUGACGAACUCAAUGUUGACAGUCUAAUUCACAGGCUUUUAGAAGUUCGAGGAUGCAGGCCUGGGAAGACGGUUCAGAUGUCCGAGUCGGAGGUGCGUGGGCUGUGCACCAAGUCCCGGGAAAUAUUUCUGCAACAGCCAAUACUACUGGAAUUGGAGGCACCGCUAAAAAUUUGUGGUGAUAUUCAUGGCCAGUACACAGAUUUACUACGCCUGUUCGAAUACGGGGGUUUCCCGCCAGAGGCCAACUAUCUUUUCCUCGGCGACUACGUGGACCGCGGCAAGCAGUCGCUGGAAACCAUAUGCCUCCUGCUCGCAUACAAGAUCAAAUAUCCAGAGAAUUUCUUCCUUUUGCGAGGCAACCAUGAGUGCGCUAGUAUAAACCGCAUUUACGGUUUCUACGACGAGUGCAAACGCCGGUACAACAUAAAGCUAUGGAAGACGUUCACAGACUGCUUCAACUGCCUGCCCAUCGCGGCCAUCAUCGACGAGAAGAUAUUCUGUUGCCACGGAGGCCUGUCGCCGGAUCUGCAGGGCAUGGAGCAGAUUAGGAGGAUAAUGAGACCUACUGAUGUGCCUGAUACAGGUCUGCUUUGCGAUUUGCUGUGGUCAGAUCCAGACAAGGACGUCCAAGGGUGGGGUGAAAACGAUCGCGGUGUGUCAUUCACAUUCGGACCCGAUGUUGUCAGCAAAUUUCUCAAUAGACAUGACUUGGAUCUCAUUUGUCGAGCCCAUCAGGUAGUAGAAGAUGGCUACGAAUUCUUUGCGAAAAGGCAACUUGUCACGCUAUUUUCCGCCCCCAAUUACUGUGGCGAGUUUGACAAUGCCGGUGGCAUGAUGUCCGUUGACGAGACGCUUAUGUGCUCGUUCCAGAUAUUGAAACCAUCUGAGAAAAAGGCGAAAUAUCAGUACAAUGGUAUCAACAGUGGCAGGCCCGCCACGCCACAGCGGUCGCCGCCCAAAAAGAAAUAACUGACGUUUGGGAUCCAGUGUACUGCACAGUGAGACGAAUGCUACAAAAUAAUUGAUUAUAUCAUGUAUUAUAAUUAUUAUUUAGUGCGGUCACUGGACAGAGCCGAGUAUGUCAUGGAUUGUUAAAAUUAUUUAUCAAUUUGCUUGUGCCUUCUUAUUUUUAAUUUUUAUUAUUAAUGUGAGUGAUAUUAAUUUAUGGAUUUAGUUCUACAGAGAUUUCGUGGAUGAGCAAGCAUGAUCUAUUCGGCGAUGCCUCGUGACUUCUGCUUUUUCGAUCCCCAGUUUGACACAAGUUUUACGAUCGGAUUGCCACUUAUUGUGUUUGACAUGUUGGUGUCCUACUUAAAUUGUUUUGUUGAUUUUAAAGAGUUUGAAGUGGCAAGUAAUUCUAAAGAUGCGGGCAUUGGACAAGAAAAUCGUAGUUACAUUUUCACAUUACAGUCAUGGUUAUUGAGUUGUAGUGGAUCGAAAGCACAUUCGCUUUGUUUAUUCUGUAACUAAUGUGCCUAUAAAUGUAAAGUAUAUUAUUAUAGGUAUCGUAUAAGUGACGAUAAUAGUUGUUUCGAAAAGAUAUUAUUUAAAUUUGUUUAUGUUUAAAAAGGUCGUCCCUUAGAUUAUAUUAUAUUUCUGGUUUGACUUGAAGUACACAUUUGGUUGCUUAGAAAGCCAGUCGGGAAAGGAAUGCUGGCUCAUUGCUAUCACUACGGCGGGGAGAGUAGUCCCAGUGAAAUUAAUGAUAUUUUGCACUCAGUAUUACUCUUACAAAAUAAGUAGAUAAUCUAAAAUUUGUUUUGUUGUACAAAUUGGCAUUGAUCUCCUUAUUGAGGCUUUUCCCUUCGCAGCUUACAGUAUGUUAGAUAAACCAAUAUCAGUUGAGGUGAUAGAGCAGUGGUAGUCCUCGCAACAAUAGUGCAAUUGCUAUAUUAUAACAUAAAAUUAUAUGCAAAAGUUGCAUUGUACAAUUAUAUUUUUAGCUAUGUUAACAAUAUCAAAUAAUUUUCAUGAAUAAAUAUUGCUAUUAAAAAUAAUAAGUUUAUUUUGUUUUAUUUUCAGUUAGGUUUGCAUUUAAGGUAACUUUCAUUUUGUAACAUUGUAGUUUAAUGAAUGGUGUAUGAACUUUGUAUGUACUCUCCUUUCAAAGUAUAUUUUCUUCAUUAUCAUUCAGUGGAAGCUUUUCUUUAUCAAUUUAAUAUUAAAAUUCAAGUAUACUUAGUCCUCAUUUUGUGUAUUCUCUAAGUAGUUAGCGGGUAAACAUUCACUCCAAGAUUACACCUGUGUUAACUCAUCAGUGUGAUAUUAUACAUUUAAAAUUUUAUUACCUAUUUUCAUCUACAUCUUAGUAAAAGUAUUACAUAGAUUCUGAAGUAAUUGAGUUGAAUAAAUACACUUAUUAUUAAAAUUCACUGUACUUUUUCUCAGGUGUGUACAAUUUUCUGAAAUAUAAAUUUUAUUCCAAUA